UCCCAACCUCCUGCUUGCUCGCAUUUGGCCCCGGCCGUUUUGGAGACAAAUCUUUCGCCGGCACCAAAACUGUCGCCCAGCCCGCCAAUCCCAACCGGGUCUUUCCUGGCACCACAAACCAGACGGGAAUCACAUUAGGCGGGAGAGGUUAACCAUCAGCGCCAAAGAGGAAAGCCGACAUUCUCCGCAAACCUGACGGCAGAGCGCUCAACGGAACGAAAGCGAGGCGCCUUCUGUACCGGCCGAACCUUCUAGACCGAAACACCCCGCGGCGCUUCCGCUGUGUAUCAUAGAGACAACCGUUCGCCGGGUAGUCGGGGUAGUCUAGGAACAUCCCCGCAAGAGGUCCCCUUCUAUUGUUUUAGGGUGGGCUUACGCGGCGAUAGCUUCCGGCGGAGGUGGCCUUCGAGGUGUUGCGAUGGCAGCUACUGCUCUGGGAGUCGCGGCGAGGCGGUGUUUGCAGCGGAGAUUCCGUUUGGGAAGGACGCCUGUCCUCUGCGGAACGACGCUCGGCUGGCGGCGCCCGGUCUUCUCGGGAGAGCGAGGAGGCAGCGGAAGCGAGAAUGUAGAAUCUUUUGCCUCCAUGUUGAGACGUUCUCCUUUCAUUCAGAUGGGACCUGCCAAAGACAAAAUUGUCCUUGGACAAAUUUUCCAUGUUGUAGAAGAUGACCUCUACAUAGAUUUUGGUGGCAAAUUUUACUGUGUAUGCAAACGGCCAGAAGUAGAUGGAAACAAAUAUCAGAAAGGGACCCAAGUCCUCCUGAGACUUCUUGACCUUGAACUCACGGCUAGAUUCUUGGGAGGCAAAAUAGAUACAACUUUACUGGAAGCUGAUGCAGUGCUCAUAGGACUUUACGGCAGCCGAAGAAAACACACAGACUGAGUAAAUCUAUUAAUUAUAAAUAUACCAAAAUAUUAGCCCUGUAUAUAUUCAUUUCUGGCUACAUUGAGCAGUCUAAUUAGCUUAUUUGAUUUGUAAACACACUCACUUUGAAUUUAAAACAUGUGAUUUUUAAAAAAAACAUUUUCCUUGAUGAGGUAAAUGUAAAUGUAAAAAUUACUUUUGCAAAUUUGGUUCUGUAAUCUACAUUUCCCUGUUGAUUACAGUCCAAUACUGUUAAUUAUUUCUGUUUUAUACAGUAUUUGGAAACUUGAUACUUCUUGAAAAAUGUGUUUAUGUGGCAGACACAAGGUAUGGGCAGUUGAAAUGUGAUAGUGGCUAGAAUCCUGUCUAUUUAUGUGACUGUGUAAGGUUGAUCAUCUCCAGCACCUCCUGCAGGCUCACGUUGGCAGCCUCAGCCACACACUAGCUGCAAAAUCAGCUGUGUAGCUGGUUGCAUCUUGAAUAUUAACAGCAUGAUUGAUUGUAUGAAGGGGAGCCAGAAGAAGGGAAAGACCCCUAAGAGAUUGCCCUUAUUUGUUUGUAUUUUCUCUGAUUGGAUUUUGAUCACUGUAUAUUGAUUGAUGUAGUCUAUAGUGAUAAACUGUACAUAAUAAUAGACUGUUGUAUUGCAGCUGCCAUUAGUUUCUUAUAAAGAUGUGGAAGAGGGUGAGCAGGUUCAACACUGGCACUUCCAGGGAGAUGCCUCAGAGUCACACCUACUACACACUGAACACCAAAGUACCCAUUAUAUUAUUUCCAGUCUUUAAAAAAAUAAAAUAAAGAAAAAUCUUAGUUGGCACUUCCUUUUCGUAGCCCUCAUGUCAGGAACAUACUUCCCUGGGCUCUGACCAGCUUUCUACAGAAAAAAA